AUGGCAAAAACUAUAACUUCCCAAGAACCGUACGUAAUUAGAAUAGCCGUAAAAGACUCUGUGUUUUUAUCAACGUUGUUCACGGAGGUGCCCGUAGAGCGUAAGUAAUCCGAAUAGCCGUAAAAGACUCUGUGUUUUUAUCAACGUUGUUCACGGAGGUGCCCGUAGAGCGUGUGUUGCAUUGAUUCAGCUGAAGCUGAACGCACCGCAAGCAAGUACUAGUGUUAACGAUCACUGCAGCACAGAAAAUGCUGAUCAUGCACUUGAUCCGGGCUUAUCUCGCUGGAGGAGCUUUAAUAAGGGUAAUAAUUCCACACGCUAAGAGACCAUAGAGGACAAGAUAACAAACUGAUAAUCAAUCAAAAGGCACAGCGAAGUCGACAGGAGCUGUCGCAGACGUAAAAGCUCAUCGUCAAUACUUGUAUAAAUAUUUGGUGCGGGGUUGGACCGCGGAUGUUUUCUUUGUCUUGUAUCUGUAACAAAUUUUAUCAUAAUUGGUAACUGUCUAUGGAGACUGGGGAAAAAUGAAACAAGCUUGUGCAUGUUGUCCUCAUUGUCAGAUAUUCAUGUAAAGAUUCAAUAGGGCAAAAUUAAGAGAAUAAAAAAACGCCAGCACUCAAUUAAUCCUUUCAUGUAACCAUUCGCUAAUUACUUGUCUGUAUUCAUAAAUGUCCUUCUUCGUACCAAAAUCCUGCUGCUAGUAAAACAUGUAGUGCACUAUUCCACGUUGGUGGUCAUCAGGGGCGAUAAGGCAUAGAUCAUAUCGAUACUCUACAUUUGAUAUAAUUACGUAUUUUUUUUUUACCUCUGGCUGUCAACAUGAAAAACGAAAAAGGGCACACACACUUCUUCUGGUGCGCUACCAGUAUCAUGACUAUCUUUUGGAUAGUUUUCUCAUUUGGUGUGUCGUCGCACUCUCAACCUCUAAAAAUAGUACAUGAUCACAUGUUGAACAACAAUCGUGUACUACUAGUGUAGAAAUUAAUCUUCCUAAUCUUCAUCUUAAUUAAGUUCAAGAAUAUAACCAUGAGGAGCUAUAGUACCGUAGGCAGUCAGCCGCCUGCGGAUUCCCCUCGUGGGAAAAUUAAAAAUCACUGAGAUUCGUGAUCUCGCUGUGCAACUUUUAGUACAGGGUUUAAAAAGAACUGCGAAAGCAUGGAAUGAAAACGCAUCGCCAGCUCCUUCAUUGGGAGUAUUUUUCCGUCCAUGGACACUAACACAUUUGUUACGAGAAGCAUUACGACUAUUCAUCAUCAUCUAAAUACCUCUUAAGCGGGUGUUGCACCCAAAACUUCAUCAUCCAACUUCUUCGUUGAGAGGAAAAGAGGUGUUAUCUCUCAGAAGACAGCUGUAGCUGCGGGCAAU